AUGGACACGUCGGCGUCCCCUAGUCCCAGCUCGUCCGCGCCGGAGCCUCGGCAAUGGGCCGGCGGUCGCCCCGGGCUGGGGUCCGCGGCGCUUGAGCUGGCCUGCAAGGUGCUCUGCGUCGUGGCGACGUGCGCCUUCGCCGCGGUGGGCUCGCUGGUUGGGGCGGUGUCGGGGUCGGUGAUCGGGCUGGCGACGGAGAGCGGGGUGGUGCGGGGCGCUGGCAUCGGCGCCAUCUCCGGCGCCGUCUUCUCCAUCGAGGUCGCCGAGUCGUCGCGGGACCUCUGGCACACCAGCGACUCCUCCGUCUGGAGCGUCCUCUUCAUGGUGGACAUCAUCCUCAGCCUGCUGAGCGGGAGGCUGGUUCGCGAGAAGGUGGGGCCGGCGGUGCAGAGCGCCGUGCAGAGUCAGAUAAGCGCCAUAAGCUCGCCGUUCACGGAGCCCAGCGACCUGUUCGAGACCGGCGGUGCGAGGGGGCUGCCGGCGCACGCGCUCCGGCGGCUGCCGGCGAUCAAGGUCAGCGCGGACACCGCGGUGGACGAGGCCGGGGAGGCGCUCUGCUGCUCGGUGUGCCUGCAGGACCUUGAGGUGGGCGAGUCGGCGAGGCGGCUGCCCGGCUGCCGGCACGUCUUCCACGCGCCCUGCAUCGACCGCUGGCUCGUCAGGCACGCCUCCUGCCCGCUCUGCCGACGAGACAUCUGA